GAUGUUAUAAUGCCCCAAAUUUGUUUCCCCAAGAUUGGUCUCCAUAAGAUAAAGGAUCUCAUAAAGCAUAUAAAACUGUUCAGAAGCUCACUGACUGACCACAAACUCCAGCCAAGCCUUAAAUAUUUGCUACAGAAUAAAGUCUAUUUAGCAGCCUUCCACUCCUAUCUGCAAUCUGAGUUUAGUGAUGAAAACAUUCAGUUCUGGCUCGCAUGUGAGAACUUCAGGGCAACUGCCUCAAGAGAUAACCUCCAGUCGAAAGCAGGGAGGAUCUACAAGGAAUUCAUCCAGCCUUCAGCCUGUAAAGAGAUCAAUGUAGACCACUACAUUAAACAGAAGAUCAAGAAAUCCUUGGAGAAACCGGGUCUAACAUGCUUCGACGAGGCCCAGAAACAUGUUUACCUGCUAAUGGAAAGAGACUCUUGUCCAAGAUUCCUACAGUCUGAUGCUUACCUGAGACUGAAGCAGAAAUCCAGGACUGUACGGUACAUUUAAACACUGACAAAGAA